UUCCUAUUGGUUAAGUGGGAACGUGAUGACACUGAGUUCGACUUAAUACUUUAUAAAGCUUCUCUUUCUGUAGUGAGACACUGAGAAACACUUAACUCCUGAUAGGCGUACUCAGUCGUUGGAAACCGAGAACCACCUCGAGAUUACCACUUUACAUCAUGAGUGAGAGACAAGGAUCUGGUGCAACGGGUGGGAAUAGCAAAACAUCUGGAAGACCAGAUGCUUCCAAGAAGUCUCAGGAAGUCCCAGCAGAGGACUUUGACAUCGACAUGGAUGCCCCAGAGACUGAGAAGGCGGCCGUUGCCAUCCAGUCCCAGUUCCGGAAGUUCCAGACUAAGAAGAAGACUGACAGCAAGUCUUAGUGGCUACUGGGUGUCCAUGUAGCUGUGAAGACCUGGCAGGCUUGCUGUGUGGGCGUUUGCAUGUAUUCAAUUCAUAUCAUAUGAACUCAAGGGGUGGGGUGUGGGAAAGAGCAAGGCAGAAAGAAGCGUGUCAAUAAGUAAAGUGUCUGUGAAAUGCUAUACAUAACUUAUUAUUUAAUUGGGUUUCAUUCAUUUUCUUAGGUGGCAGAUUACCUUGCAGUUGAGGUGAGGGUGGGUGGGGUGGUGGGUUAUUAACAGUAAUAUCUGAUCCUUGGCUGUGAUUCCACUCUCCUGAGGUAUCUUAUGAGAGAGUUGGGAUAUGCAAAAAAAUUACAUUUACAUUUGACAAGUGCAAAUAUAAGCACCCAUUACUUUAACGUUGAUUGCUGUAUCAAUAAAUGGCAAAGUUGUGAAGAGUA